AUGGCCAUUCCAGAAGAGUCCGGGGCUAAAGCUGGUGUAGAUACUGGUUCCAGUGCUGAGGGUACUGGUGAGGGGGCAGUUGAAGCAAAUGGAGGACAGAGUACAUUCACUAAUGCACAGGAUGGCACAGCGGAGCAGCCGGACCCGACCAGAAUAGAGGUUGUGUCUGUGACCGACGAGGAGCUCCCUGCCGUCGACACGCCAACCACCCUUAACGUCAGUCCCAUUGGCAGCCAGAACGCCAGUCCAGUUCAAGAGAAUGGAACCAGCGACCCUGCCUCUGACACCGCACAGACACGGGACCCUCCUGCCGACAGCGCCAGCACGAUGCCAGCACCGCCCAGCCCUGUGAUCCCUGUCACCAAAGUGCAGCCGUUUCUGAGCGACGAUGUUCCGGAGGAGAAGACUCUUCGAGGGCGUCUCUUCGCACGCAGGAUGGAGCUGUUGAUUGGUGCGUGUGUGCUGCUGAUACUCAGCCUGGCUCUGGGGGUGGGACUAGGAGUGGGCUUGAGCUGUGCAGGGAAGUUCCGCUGUGGUUUCUCCUCCCAGUGCGUGGGCAGGUCUGCCCAGUGUGACGGACAGGUGGACUGUGACCACGGGGAAGAUGAACUCAACUGUGUGCGGCUGAGUGGGAAGAACUCUGUGCUACAGGUGUGCAGUGGGGGUGACUGGAAGACUGUUUGCUCAGAGGACUGGAACCCUGUUCUGGCCUUGUUAGCCUGUAAACAACUGGGUUACUCCAGAUAUGUGGAGUCUAAGUCCCUCCCCAUCUCAUCAAUAGAACAGGAUCUUCAACACAACUUGGUGUCAAUCAACCUUAGCCAGUAUAACGUCCAGCAGAUUGUGAAGAUCCACAAUGUAUCCAGUCACAGUAAAACUCAGUGUAGCACAGGGAUGGUAACCACACUAAAAUGUUUAGACUGUGGUUCCAGGCCUCAGUUCAGCAGUCGAAUAGUCGGGGGUAAUCUCUCCGUAGAGGGACAGUUUCCCUGGCAGGCAAGUCUUCACUUCCAGAGUGAGCACCUUUGUGGGGGAUCCGUCGUAGCUUCCCGUUGGAUACUAACAGCUGCACACUGUGUGUAUGGAUUUGCAUACCCUCAGCUGUGGGCGGUACACGUUGGUUUGACACAGCAGCCGGUCAAUGGGGCGCAGUCUCUGGCCGUGGAGAAGAUCUUUUAUCAUGCCCGGUACCGCCCCAAAGGCCUGGACUAUGACAUCGCUUUAAUGAAACUGGUUGAGCCACUAAACUUUAACGGUUAUGUUGAACCCAUUUGCCUCCCUAACUUUGGAGAGGAGUUUGAAGAUGGAAAGAUAUGUUGGAUUUCUGGCUGGGGGGCUACAGAGGAUGGAGGUGAAGCGAGUGUAUCUCUUCACUCUGCCCGGGUACCUCUGAUCUCCACUAAGGCCUGCAGCCAGCCUGAGGUAUACCAGGGCUUCAUCUCCCCGUGGAUGAUCUGUGCUGGAUACCUGGAAGGAGGAACAGAUUCCUGUCAGGGGGACAGUGGGGGCCCACUAGCCUGUGAGGACUCUGGUGUGUGGAAGUUGGUUGGGGCCACAAGCUGGGGACAGGGCUGUGCAGAGAGGAACAAACCUGGAGUGUAUACUCGCAUCACAGAAUCCCUUACCUGGAUACGGCAGCAAAUGGAGAGAGAGGAGACUCUGAAUCCAUCUGCUGUGAGCUCAGACAGCUGA